UCAAAAUUGCGGGAAUUUUUGACAUUUGUCAAUAAAAACAUCGUGAAUUGUGAAAUUCAUUUGAGAUCAGUGAAAUUUAUUGAUUUAACAGGUCUUUUACUCUGUCUAAUUAUAGGAACCAUAACUUAAUAAUGUUUUACGAAAUUUAAUUGAGCUAAUUGGUGAGUUUGUAUACUAAAAAAAUAGUCGAAACCCACUAGUACGUAGCGAAUUAACAUGGCGUUUCGGAUCGACAUGUGCGGAUGAUAAAGUACGUUCUUUGUGGUUUUGUUCCAUUUAAUAUUAAUUUGUUGAGAAUCGUAUUCGAGUUGUUAAUUCGUUGGAGUGUCCCUAGCAUUAUUCAUUAGUUACAUAUUAAUUCCGUGAGUUUGUAUGUAGAAUUACGACACAAGUACUGCAAUGGUGAAAACCCGUCGCAGUAAUGGAGAGAACGGGGAGGUUGACGAUGGGAAUUACACUGUAAACGUCGUGGGCAGCAUCUCAGAUGAGAAGGUGACACGCUGUGUAACAUGCCGUUUGAUUUUGCGAGAAUUCCGACCUUUUGCUUUUGUUUAGAACACCAUUUUGUGAGCACUUCCUGUGCCCAUUUUCCUUAUUGUUGCUGCAAUUUUAUUGCAUGAAAAAUGUAGUGCUCCUAGUUACUUAUGCUAAGUAAGUGUUAUAUUACUUUUAAAUGAACAAAAAAAACAUAAAUCUCACAAUGUAAAACUAAGUAACAGUAAAAUCAUCAAUGAAUGUGAAAUGAAAAUUCUUCCUAUACAUUUUUGUCGUCUAUUUAAACUAUUAGUGCAGACAAAGAAUAUAAAGUAAAUUGAAUUCACUGCAAGAAAAUGAUUUUCUUAUUUAUUUUGGUUUUAGCCAAGAAUGUUUAAAAAGUGCAUGGGGUUUUGUGGCUGUUAUGAAGUUACUAGUUUUAAUGCAUGUCUCUUAUUUAAAGAAGCCCAUAUCUGAAUGGUGCCACUCUUGUUAGACUACAAUAAAAAAAUAUAAAAUAGAAGCAAUACUUAGAUGUUUAUUUAUGAUCAUUUUACUAUGGAUUUUGAUUUACCAAGAUUAAAACUUCUUAUUACUUAAUUAUAUAUUUAAAUGUUAUAAAAAUGGUAGGACAGCUUAUUUCUCUUCAAAAUAUUCAUCAUUUAUGUUUAAACAAAAUAUCAAUAAUAGUUCUUAAUAUGUAAAAUAAAAUUGUGAAUAUUUAUGAAUUUUAAAUAAGAAAUUGUUGUGUAGCUGUUGAUUGGCAGUUGAGCUCACAUCUAAUUGUUGGAGUUGGUUACUGUAGCCUAUAGAGAUAAUAACUUGAAUAACACCUACCUUGACAAGCGAGUGUCAAUAAGUUGGUGUCUAACUGGACCCAGCGAGAGCUGAGGAGCAGUCAGUACAAAGUUACCAGGAAGAUCCAGCGCUGGCCUACUAAAUAUCGCAAGCGUAGAACCAUAAAAAUGCCACGAAUCGUUUUCCCUGAAAGCGAUACAGACCCUGAGAAGUACUCGAGGCGUUCACGACAAGUAAGAGUGUUUUUUGCUGAUGAUAAUGACACAACAAACAGGAUCCGUCGUAGUCGAGCGCCCAGGAAGAAUUACAUGGAAGACAGUGAAGACAAACCAAUACAGGAAAAUGUCAGAAGAAGUUGCCGCAAGCGCAAACUGCUCCAUCACAAUUUCAACGAGAGCUGGAUCACUAAUGAACUAAAAGUGAAAGGAUACCCAGACUUGUAUGGCUUUCCUGGUUCCAGUUCAUCUGAUGAAUUCACUUCUGGCGAUGAAGCGAGAGUUUCUUCCAAGAAAUUGACUCCGAAUCACCCACAAACGAACACAGAUGAAGACACGCAGCUGUCGAGACAGCGUCGUACUUCAGCGAGGUUCACCAACAAGAAGAAUAAUGGUGGUACUGAAUCGGAUUCAGAAGAUGAAAAUAAUCAAACGGUUAUAGAAAAGAAACCGGCCAACGGUAUCGAAGUAAACAAGGCUGAUGAUAAGUUGAUGCACGUCGACAACGGAUGUAAGAGUGAAAACUUAAAGACUGAAAGAGAGACGGUGCAGGCACAGGACAGUGAGAGCAACCAACCACCCUCGAGAUCUACCAGAAGGAAACCGAGAGGUAAACCGAAGAAAGACGACAGCCAGAACGAGACUGCGUCGGAGACGUCGUCGACGGAGUCCGGCAGCGAGCUGACGCUGGGCCGCCAGCCGCGCCGCUCCAAGCGCACCCGGAAGCCGCGCUCUGCUUUCGUCGAGAUCGCGCCCGCAGAAACACGGGCCAGAGCAAAGACAUUCACAAUAAGAAAGAAACCGUACAGUUUGAGAGAGAGAAAACCAAAGAUAUUACGCAGGAAAACGAUCAGAUCACAAUCGCCUUCAAGCAGCAGCACCACCAGCACCUCCAGCUCCGAUACAGAAGAAGACCUCAAUGUUUCUAUGAAAAACAAAACGAAGGGCAGGCAAAAAUCUAAAUCAAUGGAUGAUAAGAAAACAGAUAGAGCUUUGAGAGAUAUACAGCCGGUAGAAGUCGACGGUAGCGUUAGGUUUUCAUCGGUUGGCGGACUAGAAGAGCAUAUAAAGUGUCUCCGAGAGAUGGUCUUGUUCCCCCUCAUGUAUCCGGACUUGUUUCAAAAGUUCAAAACUCGACCAGCUAAAGGAGUUCUGUUCCACGGCCCUCCCGGAACUGGCAAGACGUUGCUGGCGAGGGCCCUUGCUAAUGAAUGCAGCUUAGUGGGAGGAAGGAAGGUGGCGUUCUUCAUGAGGAAAGGAGCCGAUUGCUUGAAGAAAUGGGUCGGCGAGAGUGAAAGACAUUUGAAGUUGCUUUUCCAGCAGGCCAACAAAAUGAAACCGUCUAUUAUAUUCUUCGACGAGAUCGACGCCUUAGCUCCGGUCCGCAGCGUGCGGCAGGAGCAAGUGCACACCAGCGUCGUCGGCACCCUGCUGGCUGAGAUGGACGGACUCUGCGACAGGGGGGAGGUGGUGAUAAUAGGUGCGACGAACCGUCUGGACGCGGUGGACCCGGCGCUGCGGCGUGCGGGCCGCUUCGACCGCGAGCUGCACUUCCCGCCGCCGCACGCCGCCGCGCGCCGUGACAUCCUGCACAUCUACACGCGGGACUGGCAGCCGCCGCCCGCCGCGCGCACCCUCCACCACGUCGCAGAUAUGGCCAGCGGAUAUGGAGGUUCCGAUUUGAAGGCUCUGUGCUCCGAAGCGGUGUUGAAGGCGCUGAGGCGUGUCUACCCACAAGUCUACGAGAGUGAAUAUGCAUUGCUUAUUGACGCUAAAAAUGUGGAAGUGAGCAAGCAAGACAUGUUGGAGGCGAUGCGCAGCCUGGUGGCGGCCGGCGCCCGCAGCAGUCCGCCGGCGGCGCGCCGCCUGCCCGCGCACAGCGAGCCGCUGCUGCACGCCCAGCUCGACGCCGCUAUGCACGUGCUCAGGAACGUCUUCCCGCACCACACUGACUCCGAGAAGAGGAUUAGUGGUUCACUAUCGUCGAGUGCCAUGUUGAUAACAGGCGAAUGUGCUGAGACGCAUUUAGCUCCAGCCCUGUUGGCGCAGUUGGAGCACUGCACCGUGAAGGAACUCAGUAUGUCAACUUUACAUUCAGCGCACACUUUCACUCAAGAGCAGGCUUUGAUAUCGGUAUUCUCAGAGUGUCGUCGCGCGGACCGCGGCUGCGUGUUGUACGUGCGCGACGUGGCGGCGGUGUGGGCGUCCCUCGCACCCGGGCCGGGCGGGGCGCUGCUGCUGCAACUGUGGCGCGCCCGGGCCGCCGGGGACGACACUCUGCUGCUCGCCACUUCGUCGGUACAGCACGACGAGCUGCCACAAGAGAUACAAGAACUGUUCCCGCUGCACAAGGAGUGCGUGUACCGCGUGCGCGAGCCGAACGCGUCCGAAGUGCUGUCGUUCUUCGAGCCGAUCUUAGCCGAAGCGCUGUUAGAUCCACCUCCGAUCGAAAACAAUGAGCCGCCACCUCCAUUGCCUAGAGCACCUCCCCCUCCCCCUCCACGUGAAAGCGAAGAAGAGGUGUCGCGGCGAAAACGCAAGGAGGACUACAAGUUGCGGGAGCUGAGGAUAUUCCUGCGCGACAUAUGCAGGAAGCUCGCUUCGAACAGACGCUUUUACAAGUUCACUAAGCCCGUUGAUUUGGAAGAGGUAACAGACUAUUUACACAUCAUUAAGCAACCCAUGGACCUAGAGACGAUGAUGACCAAGGUCGACCUGCACAAAUAUAACUGCGCCAAGGAAUUCCUCGAUGACAUCGAUUUGAUAUGCGCGAACGCCUUGGAGUACAACCCUGAUAGUGCCUUUCAAAGGGCUAGAGGGAUGUCUAGAACGUCGUCCGACAAGCAGAUCCGUCACGAGGCGUGCUCGCUGCGGGACCACGCGCACGCGCUCAUCGACGUGGAGAUGGACAGCGACUUCGAGCUGGAGUGCCAGGAGAUUGCGAAGCGACGCCGCGACGAGGGGAACGAGGCCGAGGACCUGCCCGACUUUAUAUACACCGCUUCGAAUCUACCACAAGGCUUGGAUUCGCUGCUCAACAAUGACGACAGUAAAUCACCGCGGACUCCUCAGAAUGGAGACAAAGAAGCGCAUUCGGCGAAACGUAAACGCAGACGCAUGAACGCGUGGUCUAAAGGUUUGGUGGCUAAAAGACCGAAGACGCAGAAGAGUUUAAAGGACCAAAGCGUGCUGGGCGUCACGGAUGAGGAGUGCAAAGAGAACAAGCCGGUGACGUCGACGCCGCUCCCAAACGGCUCCCCCUCCCCCUCCUCCUCCAGUUCCGGCUCCGACGACGACGUGCCGCUGCGGCGGCCGCGCCACGACGCCGACACCAUGUGCAACAUUACCGUGCGACACAACCACGUUAUCGAGAGUCCAACAAAGUCAACAGAGAAACCUUCGACUAAAACAUCACCAAAGAAAAGAAAUUCGGGAACCGAGGCCGCGAGUGGAGAUGCAGAGAAAGUACUGAUCAAUAAGACUGAAUUAAAAAAUGUUGUAUUUAUGAACGCGAAGGCCCUGAGGUAUAUCGGACUGAGCGCGUUGCUGGACUUGCACUCGCAACUGACCAAGAUUGUACGAGAAUAUUCAAACAAAUACGACAGAACUAAACUACCGCAAGAAAUGAGUAAAGUCAUCGCUAGGUACGUGCAGCUACUCGAAAAAGUAUGUUGAAUUUGAAUUUGUUCAAUUGAAAACGGUCGGUUUCUGUUUGUCGUCCGGGUUUCGUUCGAAGGUUAUAUAGCCAGAUUCGUAAAUUCAAAUUGAAUGAUGGAAUUUCGGUAAUCUGAGAUUAUUAUAAUUGAGAGGGCCAGAGUUUUCUUUUUUAAGCAUUAAUUACUCUGCUUAGUGUUGUUCGUUAGGCUGGACUGUCGACAGCAAUGCUGGCGGUAGUAAUAAAAUUAAUAACCCUCAAAACCCCUUAAAACAAGACAAAUUAGUUUUAGGGGCAAAUUUUUUUGCUGAGAAUCAAAUUUAGAAAUAAAGUAUUUUGUUUGUGCUGCCAUCUAGCGAUAAGUUGGUGUUCUAAUUGUUGCCAGAUACAAAAAAAAAAGACUAAAUUACAAUAAUUUCAAAGUUACGGAGGAGUAUUAAUGAUUGGUUUUGGAAUGAACAUUCCGGUCUUUGAAAUACAUUUUAGUAAAAAAAAAAAAUUGAGGUUGUAUUGUUGAAUGAAAAUGUACGAAAAAUUGAUGUCGAUUGUAGGAUAGAUUAAGGUUUUUGACUAGCUAAUGUCACGCAGAAAGGAACAAUUUUAUCUAAACCUAAAUUUUAGUAACAUAUAUGUCUCUGCUUUAAGUUAUAUACUAGAUUUUGUAACCAACAAUAAGUUUUUUUAUGUAAUUUUUUUUUUAACUCAUACGUUUCUUGAUUACUGGUUAGUUUCUACGUGACAACGUCCGGGGUACUAAAUCGAAUUGUUGCCGAAGGAUUUGUAAAUAAUUGAAAUUGAUUAUUACUAAACCAUUCAUUUUUUAAUGAGGAAAAAAUAUUUUGCAUUCCUAAAGAGCCAAAUACAAUAAUUACAGGUAAUAUUAUGUUGCUUACAUUGAUGAAAUAUUAUUAAACGAAAAUAAUAUAAUUUAAACCAACAACUAAUUAAUUAGGUAUGUAUCAUACACAUUUGAUUACAAAAUAAAUUUAUGGCAGACAAUUGCAAACCAGAAAAAUAACUUAUACAUACAAAAUAAAUUAGCAAGAUAAUAGUGUAACGACAAUCAUCAAAAAGAAAUGUAGAUGGUUAAAUAACACAUGAGCUUUGAAUGCAGGACCCCCUUUUUAUUUGACGUUGAAUAAAAUCUAUUCGUUUUUUCUUUAAUGUCAAAUGUCUUUAUGCGAAUAAUGUUUGAAUUACAAAGUUUUUAUUUCGAAAUUUAAAAUCGAAUAGGUUUACACAUAUUUGUUAUUGUAUUUAACAAAUUAUUUCAAAAUUUGUAAAUUGUAAUAGAUUAAUUUAUAUUAAACAUAUAAUUGCCGAUAUGGGGCAAUUUAUGGGCUCGCAUAGGUACGUACCAUCUUGCCUGUCCACCUACAUAAAAUAGCAUGGAAGUUUGUUAGUUUAAACUUUUUCCGCAACUAGAGUCUCGACCAAUAUUAGUAUUUACUCAAUGUAAGUGACAUUUCAAAAAUAAAUCUAGGUUAGGUUAAUAUAAAAGUUUUAUGCCCACUGGUCUGUGAUAAGUAGAUGAGAGAGAAAUGAAAAAACUGUAAAUAACAUUAUGUAUUCGCUCCGUGUCCGUACAAAUUAUCUCCUGUGUUACCAUUAAAAAGUGUUAAUUAUAAUAAAAUUAAUUAAAAAGUAUUAAUUACAAUAAAAGUAAUACAAUUUGGCUUUUUAGGUUUGAUUACCAAAUAAAAAAAUAAAAAGUAACAUACCAAAUAAGCUUGUUCUAUAAAUUUAAUUCUGCCUCUAGUUUCUAGUUAGUACUAACUUUAUCGAAUAAGUUUUAUUUUUAAUUAUUAUUAUAAUAAAUUAUUGACAUUUCUCGAUGUUAAGGUAUCGGACUCGAAUUUUCAUGUCGACAAUGAUAUUGUUUCGUUUGAAAAUAUUCGUAGCAAAUAUUUAGCGGGUAUCGGGUAAUGAAAACUACGAAAUAUAUGUGAUUCUUUAUUUUUUUAGACUUCGGCGUGACUAUUUUACCAUAUCAACUAAAUAAACCCAUUCCUUGACUCGGCCGCUACUAAUGUUCCUGCGACAAAACCUCUGUUGCAGUAGUGCCAACAUUAAACAAAAUCUAUACAAACUUCUACAAAGUCUAAGUCUAACUAAGUACAAAGUUUACAAGUUUUGGGGUAUUGGUACCCGGACAAUAAAAGAUUACUGACUCGAAUUAUAUACAAAGGUCAGUGAAACACUGCCGUAAGGAAGAUUGAUUUUUUUAAAAUAAUUUAGACGAAGCAAUGUCAUUGUGAUAAUGUUUAAAUAAAUGUGUAUUUAAUGUGAGAUAUAUGUAAUCGGUGUGAGCGUAUUUAUUGGAAUGUUGGUUAAUAUUGAAAAAAAAAAAAAUUAUUAAAAACUUAAAUCGAUACGAUUGUAUAAUGUAAUUUUUGAACUGAAUACAAAUAACUGCCAUAGGAAAAUGUUAAAAUAACUAUUAGGGACGUCCGUUUUUAUUUUUAAUUGUUACAUACGUUUUGUACCUUAAUACAAAUAGUAUUAGUUCUAAUUUAGCUGUUUGAUUACACAGUGCACAUUUACACAGGGUGUACAGAGACUAUUACCGUAGUUAUAACAGGAAUUAACUUACUGUAGGAACGUGCACUGGAAACACAUGUACAUUUACUAAGCAAGGCCAAUUGUAUUAAAACGUUAAGAAAGUUCAAAUUUAACGAACCCGUAAUGUAUUAUGAAUCGUGAUUGUGUUACAUUGCGCGUAAAAUUUUUGUAGUCACCGGCUUUGUCACAUGGCUUUGUUUUCGAAAUUGAUUGGUAAUACCUCCUGUAUACUGACUUCGCUCUUUCUAUGACUUUCAUAAAACCUAUAUUAUUGAAAUUGAAUGUUGGACACGGUACUUACUGAUUUGUAAUGUAGAUUUAAAAAAAAAACAUCCUAAAUGGUCUUUUUCAUUCAAAUUUUUUAAAAUUAUUCUUUCCUAUUUAAACGGAUUUUUUUAUCAAUUCAUUUCUAUGUAUGAUUUUACUAUAUUUUAGUAUAAAAUAAAAUUGAUUUUGAAUAAAUUUUCAUUGAAAUAAUAAAAUAUUAAACAUCAAUUAACUAUUUGUUCCAUGUUUUGAUUGUAUUAAAUAGUAUUAUACGCAUUGAUGAGUAGUUAUAUGAUUAAUUAAAAGUAAACUCAUAAAAAGAUUUCAAAUAAAUUAUUUUUUUGAUAUACCAUAGAUUCUACGACAUGGCGACAGUGAGAUUUUGAAAAUCAUGCUCUAAACUUUUUGAGAAUUGAUAUAAUUUUUGUUUUAUUAUUAAUGCCACAAAAGUUGAUGUGGCAUCCUCAAAACGUUUCUAUAUAGGUUAACGUAGAUUUGUUCAAUGAUUCGGUAAAUAGACGUAUGUAAUAGAUUGACAAGUCAGUUUAAUAGUUUUGCUUACUAAAGAUGAACAUGAGUAUUUACCUGAGUACUUUGUAAUAAAAUUAAUUGUACUGGUGUUCAGGCAUACCGAGUGAAGUCAUAGCAUAGAAAAUUAAAAGAGGCACAAGUUGGAAUUGCCCUAAAAUUAUACUGUGUGCGGCUCGUGUGGCUCUUUUUACUGAUGGCAACACAUCUUUGCUGUGUGCUCUGUGUUUUCGGUGUAGAUAUUCUAUUUGGUUGAUUUGGAUUAAAAUAUAUUAUCUUAACAGUUUUGUGCCACGGCAAAAUUUAUUUUAUGAAAAAAAAAACAACCAGCCGUAAAUAUAAGUCGUAUGGUAUAAAUUUAUAGUAUAUUUGCUCUAGUGUUAUUACCAAGGAGGAAGCAAGUGAACCUUUUUAUGAGCAAACCUAGGAUUUUUUUUCUUUUCUUGUUUAAAUACCUACAAUAAUUUUUUUUUUUUUAAAUAAGUGCAGUUGCAUAUUUAUUGUCGUAUCAAAUGAAGGUCGCAGCUAGAGUAAGGUCAUAUUUUUAAAUUCACACAAAACGUAUACGGAUCGAUAUGUCUGUCAAUACAAGCCAACAGUUGACUCGUGCCACUAUUAAAUCAAUAGAGAAUAGUUACCCAAAAAAUGUCUGGCCGAAACUAAUCUGUUUGCAUUUGCUCAAUACAUAGUGUUCGGUAUAUAUUUAUGUGUAAGCUCACAUGAUCCACCGUUGAAUUUGUAAUCGGCUUUUUUUUUGUGUAUCUGUAAUAAAUCAGUUAUAAACGUGAAACUAAAAUGGGUAUCAUUACAUGUGAUAAUACAGAAA